CCUAUCAACUGUCUUAUCGUGAGAAUGCAUAUUAUCCUGCGAGUCUUUUGCAAAGAUACUUUCACAUAGGCAUUCUUCUUUAGUUCCUUUUGGAUCAAGCUAUCAUUAUGGAACUUCACAACCCUUUCUCUAAUACUAGUACCAUCAUGGCCUCCUUUCUCUUCCUCUUGGUGCUUUACAAAAUAGUUAAAAGUUGGAGUUGUAACAAUUCCAGUAUCAAUUUACCACCAGGACCAUGGAAAUUGCCACUCAUAGGAAAUAUACAUCAUGUUAUUAGCACCUUACUACCCCAUCGAUGCUUAAAAAAAUUAGCAGAGAAAUAUGGACCCUUAAUGCACCUAAAACUAGGAGAAGUAUCAUACAUAAUAGUUAGUUCACCAGAAAUGGCCAAAGAGAUUAUGAAAACAAAUGACCAUACCUUUUGUGAUAGGCCAAACCUUCUUUUGUCAACAAUAUGGAGUUACAAUGCUUCAGAUAUCGCCUUCUCUCCAUAUGGAGAACACUGGAGGCAACUACGAAAGAUAUGUGUAAUAGAGCUAUUAAGUCCAAAGUGUGUCCAAUCAUUUAGGUCCACAAGAGAAGAAGAGGUUUCAAAUCUUGUUGAAUCAAUAUCUGUAAGUGAAGGAUCCGUUGUUAAUCUCACAGAAAAGAUUAUGUCAAUGACAUGUGCAAUAACAGCGCGGGCAGCUUUUGGGAAAAAGAACAAACACCAACAAGUGUUCAAAUCGAGAAUGGGGGAAGCAUUGAGUAUGUUGGGAGGAUUUUGUAUUGCUGAUUUGUAUCCUUCUAUUCAAUUGCUUAAGAGGUUAAGUAGGGCGAAGACUAAACUUGAAAAACUUCAAAGAGAGGUUGAUAUGAUAUUGCAAGACAUCAUUGAUGAACACAAAAGCAAUCCAAUAGAAGCAACAAAGGAUGAUGAUCUAGUAGAUGUUCUUAUCAAACUUCAAAAAGAAAAGACUCACUCGCAACAUCCCUUGACUGAUGAAAAUAUAAAAUCAGUCAUCCAGGACAUGUUCACCGGUGGUACUGAGACAGCGGCAACGGUUGCGUUGUGGGGGAUAUCUGAGAUGGUAAAGAACACUAAUGUUAUGGAAGAAGCACAAGUUGAGGUAAGGAGAGUGUUUGAUAGAAAGGGGUAUGUGGAUGAGACAGAGUUGCACCAUUUAGUAUACUUAAAGUCUGUCAUCAAAGAAACAUUGAGACUGCAUCCUCCGGCACCAUUGUUGGCUCCAAGAGAAAAUAGAGAGAUGUGCCAAAUAAAUAAGUAUGAUAUUCCUGCUAAAACAAGGGUCGUUAUUAAUGCUUGGGCCAUCGGGAGAGAUCCAAGGUAUUGGGUUGAAGCUGAGACUUUCAAACCUAAUAGAUUUCUUAAUAGUGCGAUUGACUUCAAAGGUACAAACUUUGAAUACAUACCAUUUGGUGCUGGAAGGAGGAUGUGUCCGGGCAUUUCAUUUAGCUUACCCAUUAUUGAUUUGCUUCUUGCUCAAUUACUUUACCACUUUGAUUGGAAACUUCCCAAUGGAGUUAAGAAUGAAGAACUUGAUAUGACUGAGUCAUUUGGGAUUACAGCGGGUAGAAAAAAUGACCUAUUAUUAAUUCCUAUUACUCGUCGUAUUUGAUUUAUAUAUUUCCUAAGAAACAUGUUCACAAAGUACUUAAUUUUUGUUUCAGAAAUUUCAACGCUUAAUAACAAGUGAACAAUGAAUGUAAUGACGAAAGCAAUUAUUAUUGUAUG